GUUACCAUGGUAGCCAGAGCCGCGGGUGGCCCCUCUGCUCGCGGAGGUCCGCGAGUUUGUGCGCGGCCCAGGCGCCGGGCCGCGGCGGAGCCGUGGUUACGGUCCCCCGAGCCUGGCCGCUCUCUGUGGGGCUUUCUUUACGAGCCCUCCCAUGGCUUCCCAGGAAAGGAUAGAGGCAGUGACCAAAGGAACAGGGUUCUGGCGCUGCCCCAAGCCGGCCACUUACACCCCAGGGACCUGCGAGCUGCUCAGAGUGAUGAUGAAGGAAUCCAAACUGACUAACUUCCAACAGCGCCACAUCAUGGACACCAUGAAAAGAGGAGACACUCUGCCCCUACAGUGCAGCCCGACAUCCAGCCAGAGGGUCUUGCCUUCCAAACAGACAACCUCGACCAUCUACCUGCCUCCCAUCCUGGCGGCCCGGCCCCACCUCCGGCCUGCCAGCAUGUGCCAAGCCAAUGGGGCCUACAGCAGGGAGCCAUUCAAGCCUCAAGCCCCCCGAGAUCUGGAGAAAGAGAAACGAAGACUCCAAAAUAUUUUUGCCACUGGGAAGGACUUAAAGGAACAGAAAAGGAAGCCCCCUCCUGUACAACAGAAGGACCCAGCCCCAGAGCUGGACCGCUUUGAAGAAUUGGUAAAGGAAAUCCAGGAGAGGAAGGAAUUCCUGGCUGGCAUGGAGGCACUGGGACAGGGCAGACAGUACCGAGGGAUCAUCCUUGCUGAGAUCUCCCAGAAACUACGGGAAAUGGAAGACAUUGACCACAAGAGGAAUGAGGACCUUAGAAGGCUCUUGCUACCCCCUGAUCUGUCUCCAGAGACAGGGGCAGAGUAGCCCAUCCUAGAUCACUGGAGCCCACCCCCUGGCCAGCCCAUCUACCCUGGCCUUCAGCCACAUCAAAUGGCCGUGAAGCACUGCCCUGGCCUAGGGGCCCCUGGGCACACACAGCACCCUAGGAAAUGGACCAAUCCCAGAGAAUGAGCUGGUUCUCUUCAAGACUCUGCCCAGGGAGCCUGGGUGAGUUGAGCUGCUGAGACCCACAAUCACUGACAUACAUGCACACGCACACACACAAACUAAUGGUCUUUUCUCAGGGAAAGAGUCCAUACACAGUGAAGGCAAGGCCCAUGUCUGAGAGCAUCCACUGGGCCUCUUCCCCCCACUCCCUACCCCACACCCACUGGAUGUCCCACACAGUUUGCAGAACUUCAGAAUGAAUGAUUCCUUUCUUCCUACCUGCCUUAGGACCUACUUAUUUGACUUCUUACAGCCUUAGGCAAAUGUUUAACCACUAUGAUUAAUUGGCCAGUAAGACACAUUUAACGUAGGUCAUAAUAUACACCGUUUUGUUUUCAGAAGGAUAGGCUUAUUUGUUCAAGGAGUUAGAAUUUUCAAGCACAGAUGCUUUUCAACUGUUUGCAUAUCUCAAGUGGAAGUGAGAACCAACACUUCUUGAACACCCCUUGGCCAGGCACUGUGCCAGGUGCUGAAUUUCACUCGGUUCAUUCUCUCAAUAAAACCCUGCGAACACGG